GGCGGCGCGCGCCGGAACAGUUGGCCUCCAAGCCCCGCCGCCCGCUCUCCCGCCCGCCGGCGCACGCGGAGGAGGUGGCGGUGGCUGAGCCUGCUGAGGCGCCGGCGGCGGCUGCAGAAGGAGGAGGGGAGCUCGGAGCAGGAGGUGAGGUGGAGGUGGAGGAGCAAGAGUAGGCGGAGGAGGAGGCGGCUGUAGCGGAGAGGAGCGGCCAGAAGAAGGAGGAUGGAGGAGCAGCCGAAGGAGGGCGAGGCCGAGGGCGAGGAGCACUGGUUCUCUAAGUGGGAGCGCCAGUGCCUGGCCGAGGCAGAGCAGGAAGAGGAGUUGCACCCCGAUAUGCAGGAGGAGGCGACCCCUGAGGCGGCGGGGCUCAAGAGCGAGAAGCAGAAGCUGUGGCACCUCUUCCAGAACUCAGCUACCGCUGUGGCCCAGCUCUACAAGGAUACGGGGUGCCAACAGCCAGGACUCUCCUUGUGGGACCCCUUCCAGAGUGCGGCCAUGGCUGUGACCAGCCUCUACAAAGAGAGCGGGGAUGCCCACCAACGAAGUUUUGACCUGGGCGUCCAGGUUGGCAACCAUCGUCGCGUCAAAGAUGUGCUGGAAUGGGUGAAAAAGGGCCGGAGCACCAUCCUUCGAGAAGAUCUGAUUAGCUUCCUGUGUGGCAAGGUGCCCCCCGCGACUCUGCCGCCGCGCACCCCGAGGGCGCCCCCGAAGCCACCCGCCGGGGCCCCCAGCCAGGCCGCGGCCACCGAAUCCGGCUCGUCGGUGGACGUUGACCUGCAGCCGUUCCACGAGGCCAUCGCCCUGCACGGCCUCAGCGGUGCCAUGGCCAGCAUCAGCGUGCAAUCUGGAGCGCCCGGCUCCCCGCCUCAAGGCAGCGGUGUGGCCGGCGACGGCCACCGAAGAAGUAGCUUCCUCGAGGACAACUCGAACCCCAUCGACUCCGAAGAAGUGGCCCUCCACCUGGACAGUGGGGGGACCCGCAAGCGCACCUCGGCCCAGUGUGGUGAUGGCGACACAGACUCCCCAACCCACAAGCGCAACCGAAUGAUCUAAACUGAUCUAAACCACCUCGUGGGUCGCCAGCCACCAUAUUGCUCGGCCAUCAACUUGCUCGUCAAAAGGGUUCUUGAGACUGUCUCUUCCUUCUCUAAGUUAAACAAAGAGUUCUAUCAGUUUGCCACAAAGAAACUUUAAAAGUAUACCAGGACAGGCAUCGUUAUGAUUCUGACUUUCCCAAAAAUAUAAUACUAGCAGAGAACAAGUAUAAUGUAGUAGUUAGCAAGACCGUUUAAUGCAGAAGUAUCCGGUCAAGCGGGAGCUUGGUUUAUCUUGUUCACAGUUAUAUUUCUUAGCAUCUGGCUCAGUUGCUGGUGCUUAAUAAAUGUUUGUUGACUGAAUAAAUGUGACCUUAUUUAAAAGUCUUAAAGGGGAAGGACUAACAGGUGUUUGCUUGGUUAUAGGAUACUUUUAUCCUUUAUUGUUUGGUUGGUUGUUUGCUUUAACCGUUUUUGUUUUGUUUUGUUUGCCAGUUCAAUUACAUGUUAUCAAAAUGAAAAACUUGAUAUUUUUGUGAAA